CUCCCCUCCGCAAACGUCACUCUGGCCGAUUGACAGUUCUCGGCCGCCGAACAUGCCGUCUUCAAAACACGCUGUUUGCAGUUCGAUCGCGGUUUCAAACUAAUUUUUUGUUUCAAAUUCAGCGGAAAAUAACUGUGUAAGCAGUGCUCCCACGAUGGCGGCAUCGAUUGCGCGUCGGUUCUCCCGCGACGGCAAGCUGUUUGCGUUCGUCAACAGCCAGGGCAAGUUCGUGACGUACGACGUCGAGAAGAGCAGCGUCGCGCAGAUUUACACGCCGAACCUGCACCUGAACGUUCCGUGCACCUGCUUCACGUGGGUCCAGGUCCAGGCGGGUGGGGGAGGGCAAAGUUCCAAGAAGAAAAAGCGGUCCAGUAGUGGUGGCGGUGGGGCAGGUCAGACGAUGGUGGCGUUCGGAACGAGUAAAGGCGGAAUCGCGCUGUACAAUCCGGCCACGGCCCAGAUCGAGAAGAGCUUCAAGGGGGCGGGUCACACGGGGGCGAUUACGGGAAUCUGCAGCGAGGGGGGUGCGCUUUUCACGUCCGGGAACGAUGGCAAGGUGAUCGAGUGGAGUGUGGCGGAUUGUGAGCAGAAAAAGGUUCACAAUGUGGGCUUUGAAAAGCUGACCAGUUUGGCCGCGACUCAUCAGGGGGAAACGAUCCUCGCAGGUUCGAAGCAGCUUAAGCUGUGGGACACUGCGAAGGGAAAGAUGGUACGCCAGCUGGUUGGCCACACGUCCAACAUUGUCCUGGUGGAGGUCGUUAAUGAUUUGGAUGGGGCGAUUUACGCGCUGACCGGGUCGACCAACGAUCGGAACGUUUCGUUGUGGGCGCUGGAGGGAGACGAGAAGAUUCCGGCUGGGCUGUUUGCACUGGAUGAUGCCCCGGAGAGUAUUUCCGCGCGGAUGGAGGAGAACACGCUGCAUCUGCUGGUGGUGGCCAAGUCCGGGAUUGCGCACUAUUUUGCGAAGGAUUUGAACAAAAUCAACGCCUCCAAGCCGGUCAAGCCGACGCACACGUUCGAGGUGGCGCAGGACACCAAGGGCACCGGCACCAAGGUGGUCGGCCGCCUUCCCAUCUUCGCCGCCAGCCUGGAAUUCUCGCCGAACCUGCCGGAAGUGCUGAUCGCGUACGGCUCCGAGCUCGGUCUCAAGUUCGAACAGCUCCAGGAGGACACGGUGCGGGGCCAGAAGCAGGUCGUGAUUGUGCGCGAACCGGCCGCCUCGUUCCAGCGCAAGGAGCAGGAAGAGCUGCAGCUGAAGACGCGCACGCCGACGGUGGACAGCGCGUCGGUGGAGUUUUUGAACCCGGUCAACGCGGGCAAGAAGGCACUCAAGACGGUGGAGAUUCCGAUGGAGGAUCGGCUGGAGAACUUGGCGCUGACGGGGGACGGUGGGGACGGGGGGAAGUCUUCGGGGAUUAGUCAGAAGAAUAUGGCCCAUUUGCUGCUGCAGGGACUUCACAGCAAGGACGCGGAGAUUCUGCGCAGCGUGUUCGGCCGGAACGAGCCGGAGCUGAUUCAGCGGACGGCGGAGCGCAUUCCGGCGCAGUACAUCUCGGCGCUGCUGGCGGAGAUUUCCACGCUGAUGCAGCAGAAAACUGUGCACGUCGCAACGGCCGUUUGCUGGCUGAAGGCCCUCAUCCACAGCCACACGAGCCAGCUGAUGGCGCUGGGCUCGGAGAAUCUGCUGGCCAACUUCAGCACCUGUCUGGGCAUCAUCGAGUACCGGGUGCAGCAUGCCAACUCGCUGUCCAAACUCAGUGGCCGGUUGGACCUGCUCGUGAACCAGCUGGAUCGUACCGAGCGGUUGGCCAAGAAUCCGGAGGAGCUGGUGAACGCGCAAGCUCUCGUCUACCACGAGGACGACGAGUCGGACGUGGAUUCGGUGCUGGGGAAGGGUGCCGAUGGGGGUCAGGGUGGGUCAUCGUCGGUCGAUGAUGAUUCCGAUGACGUUGAAGACGAUGAUGAUGGCGAGGCGGACGAAACGGUCGGAAGCAUUCUGCGGUUGCGGAAUGGAAGCAUGGAAGAUGAUGAUGAUGAGGAGGAGGAGGAAGAAGCUGGAGCGGAACAAAGUGCCGAAGGAUCGUCGAGUGAGGACGACGAUGAUGACGAAGAAAUGGACGUUUCGGAUUAGUGCCGGCGUGGUGAAAAGUGUGUUGUAUAUCUGGUGUGUACAAUGAAUAAAGUUAGAUUGAAAAUGUUUAAGAA